GAGCCAAGAUUUCUGGACGAAAAUGACCUUAAAGUCAGAAAUGAAUUUUUGACAGCAGAUAAAAUCAUUCCAACUCUAUCAUUUACUUCACAAACUCAUCCAAACGCUGUAUAUACAAGUAGGCUUAUUGACACCAAAAAUAUUUUAAAUUCUUAUACGUCUAUUGACACUACAG